AUGGGGGACGGGGGCAGAGACAGAGAGGAGAUCUUUUCAGUUAAUCUUUUGAUCAUGGGUCCACUCCACGGAGAAGUGCCUCCUUCCACUUCCCAGGUCUAUCUGAGCAGCUGCGCAUUCACACUCCUGACCCCGGAAGGACUCCGCCUCCGGCGGCCAGGCUGCUGCUCGGCGUCGGGCUGCGGCUGAGAAGCAGGCGUGGGCGGGCAGGCUGUACCUGGCCUGGAGCUCCGGGUACGUAGAGGAGUCAUGUCAGAAGAAACAGUAAGCGAAUCACAGUUUUCCUUGAAGACGGCAGCAUUAAGAGUGUUUGAUCUUCCUCUGUCCUGGUACUAUUCUCUCUCCCAGAUCAAAUUUUCACCGGUAGCUAAAAAGUUGUUUGUGGUAACAGCAGUGAGUGCUAUAUCUGUAAUUUUUCUGGCCCAUCACUUUAAAAGAAAACGUGGAAAAAAGAAAGGAAAACUAUUACCGUGGGAACCAGAGCACCUCAUCCUUGAAUACACUAAAAGAGCAGCUUCAGACAAAGGUUCAAGUUGUUCCAGUAGUAGACAGAAUUUGACAUUAUCUUUAAGUUCCAACAAAGACAAAGGAUCUCAGUCUUGUAACUAUGCUAAUGGAGGACUUUUCAGUAAAUACUCGGGUUCUGCACAGAGUUUGGCCUCUGUCCAGAGUGUCAAUUCUUGUCAUAGCUGUGCUUGUGGCAAUUCUAAUUCCUGGGACAAAGCUGAUGAAGAUGAUAUUAAACUUGUUAAUAUUCCUGUGACCACUCCCGAGAACUUAUACUUAAUGGGUAUGGAAUUGUUUGAAGAGGCAUUGCGUCGAUGGGAACAAGCUCUAACCUUUCGCAAUAGACAGGCUGAAGAUGAAGCCUGCAGUUCCAUUAAACUGGGUGCAGGAGAUGCCAUUGCUGAAGAAAGUGUGGAUGAUAUUAUUAGUUCUGAAUUUAUUCAUAAACUUGAAGCUCUGCUGCAAAGAGCGUAUCGUCUCCAAGAGGAGUUUGAAGCUACCCUUGGGGCACCUGAUCCUAAUUCCCUUGCAAAUAAUAUUGAUAAAGAUACAGAUACUACCAUGAAGGGGAAUGUGGAUGACUUCGGCCUGCGAGACACCUUAAGCGUCUCAUCAACUGAUUCCUUUGCUUCAGUGGCAGAGCUUGCAGAGCACAGAGAAGUACGGCAUACCUACCGCCUGGCAUCUCUUUGUCACUGCCCUUUUUACGAAGAAGCCAUGCAUUUAGUGGAAGAAGGAAAAAUUUACUCAAGAGUAUUGAGAACUGAAAUGUUGGAGUGCCUAGGAGACAGUGAUUUUCUUGCCAAACUUCACUGUAUUCGACAGGCUUUUCAGGUAAUUCUUUCAGAAACAGCCAACAGGAUAUUCCUUGCUGAGAGUGGAAGGAAAAUUUUAUCAGCUUUAAUUGUGAAAGCACGAAAGAAUCCAAAGAAAUUUGAAGAUGUUUUUGAUGAAAUGAUCUAUUUUUUAGAACAGACUGAUCACUGGGAUAGUACUGAAAUGGAACUUGCUGCGAGAGGGGUGAAAAAUCUAAAUUUUUAUGAUGUGGUUCUGGAUUUUAUAUUAAUGGAUUCCUUUGAAGAUUUAGAAAACCCACCCACAUCCAUACAGAAUGUAGUAAAUAAUCGCUGGCUAAACUCUUCCUUCAAAGAAACGGCUGUAGCUUCAAGUUGUUGGUCAGUGCUGAAACAGAAAAGGCAACAGAUGAAGAUCCCAGAUGGAUUUUUUGCCCAUUUUUAUGCCAUUUGUGAACACAUCAGCCCAGUCCUAGCCUGGGGCUUUCUGGGUCCUAGAAAUUCUCUCUAUGAUUUAUGUUGCUUCUUUAAGAAUCAAGUUCUUUUCUUUCUCAAAGACAUUUUUGACUUCGAGAAGGUGCGCUAUUCAAGUAUAGAGACUUUGGCUGAAGACCUCAUGCAGUUACUCAUUCGCCGCACUGAACUUUUAAUGGCCUAUCUUGGAGCAGAUGCCCUGAGGCAUACAAGUAGUUGUAUAAGUAGUCACGGUCAUGUUAUGUCCAGUGGGCUGUUGGAAGCCAAAGUGCAAUAAGUAUCGAGAGAAUCAUACAAUUAGAGUGUGCUAUGAAGUAUUUUAAGGUAACUAUUGAUUUUGUAUAUGUUACAAAAUCAACAGAA